AUGUCUUUGAGUCCUGACGAACUUGCAGCUAUCGAUGAUAUUCUCGGCGAUGAAUCAGACCCUGCUCCAGAGUCUCUUCCCGUCGAUCAAUUAGAUCGCGAACUAGGACCUUUAUCAAUCCCAUCACCAACAAAAAGUCACUCAAAAUCAAGUUUAAACAGAUCGGCAAAUUCAGCAAUGCGCCACUCACCAUCAAUUCCAUCUCUAAAAUGCGCAGUUGCCUGUAUAGGCGGUCCUGAUCUUCCAUCAGGUCGUACAUCUGACGUUACAACACCCCACUUCUGCUCCAAUCUCAUAUGUGUUAGCUGCGAUCAUAAGGUUAUUCGAUUCCCUAAUUACAAAUGGUCUCCAAAUACAGAUUAUCUAUUUUUAAGAAACAAUUACCCAGAUACUGUUGAACAAAAUCUUAUUCCUGCACCUGGUCGCUGUGCUUACUGCUGUCAGUGCACAUUUUGUGAUGAAACAGAUGUUAAACAUUUGAAUAGCUUUAAUUCUACUUGGGCAUGCCGCGGUCAUCAAUAG